CGCAGAAAUUUGUGUCUUCGCACCAACUUGUAAAGUCACUUGCUUUCAAUCACAAACACCACUGUCGCUUCUGGGAAUACUAAAACAACGUCCCGCGAUACCUUAAUUCGCAAUUUAGUCGAGACUGACCUAUAUAUAAUGCAUUUCAACACGAACGCUCUUGUUUCCAUCUUUGCGGCGGCCUCCUUUGCAACCGCGAAACCACUCGCAAAACGAGCUGAUCUUCAGCCUUGGCAGCUCCAAUACGUAUACUCGUUCUCUCCCUCGGGCCGACCAGGAAGUUAUCCCUGGCUGAGAAUCGUCGCCAACGUGACGGAUCCAAAUGAGCUUGACCUCGGUACCAACUCCAACAACACCGAAGUAAUUCUCCCAGCUGGCGGCCAAGCAUUAAACUGCGAGGCCAAAUGGCUACCCCCAAAUACCCCUUCCAAUCACUUCUGGCCGUGUGAUGCCGCCGGGGAUGGGUACUGGACCAUGGAAGUGGUUGCCCCCAGUGAUGGGAAAGGAUUGUCGACGGAGGACUUUGAUUUGAAGUUCACUAGGGUAGCACAGACGAUUAGCUUGGGGAGCUCAUUUACGAAGAAGUAUGCCGGCCAGGCAAAUUUCAAGGUUGGUGGGAAUAUGAGGGGAUCGUGUGGCGGGAGUGGAGUAUGUUCUUGGGGUUUAAAAGGGGAGAAUACCCCGUAUCCGAUCCAGCAGACGGAGAUCUCGUAAAAAGGUCAUUUCAAAUGACGAGGCCAAAACUUGUGCAUUGAAUAGGUAGGGGGGCAUGGAAUACGUUUGCCAAUCUGAUAAACGAGCUUGCCGUAGAAAAUUGAUAAUUCUGUGAAAAUUUAAUCUCAUAAAGUCUG